AUGAGUAAACUGAAACAGAAACAGAAAAUUGAAAAGAAAAAACGCAAAAAGAAGAAACAAAAAGAACUGUCUCCAAGGCAGAUAAAGCACAUCCGGCGGCAGAAAGAGAAAAAGGAGCGAAGGAAGAGACUGCAUGACAAGAAACUAAAGGAGAAACGUAGAUUAAGACAUAAGAAACUAGGAACAGGACCAUACAACAAGACUAUAACAGAUUACUACGGCAUUUACUAUGAACCACAGAGCAGCCAGUUGAAUGAAUCUUUGUACGACUCAAUCUAUGACACAAGUGAAAUAGACAGUGAUGCCAUAUAUGAGGAAAGGAUGAAAGAGAGAUACGAUGAUUAUCCUGAAUCUGAAUCAGAAGACUCCGAUGCCUACUAUGACGAACAAAUUUAUGGGGACACUAAAGAAUCUGGUGAAGUGAAGGAUAAUGAUGAAGGUGAUGGAGAGGGAAGUAAAGAGACGAAGAAAGGAAACAGUGAGGGUUUAAACAAGAAAGGGUCUGGAAAACCACAGGAGUUUACUGCAAAUGAGUCCCAUUCAGAGAAAAGGAAGAAAGAUACAAAGAAAGGAAAUAACGAAGAAUCGCCUGAAUUUUUCAAAAUCAUAUCCCAAUUCUAUUUAACUGCAAGUGAAGAGUACUGGCCAGAUAUUCAGCAAUUCGCAGACAACAUUUUAAGACCACUUUCACAGCUAACAGUAAAAAAGGAGGAAUUGAUCAAUGCCCUUGAGAGAGUUAAAGAAAAUCAAAGAGUCAAAUUACAACAGGAUCCAAUAGAAAGGUAUAAAACAACAUUAAAAGAAAGUGAUGGGGCGACUCGAGUCAAACGAAGAGUGAACAAAACGUUGCAAAGGAAACGAGCGAAGAAGAAAAAACAGCGGUUGAGAAGGUUCGAGCGUAAGAGACUCAGAAUGCUGACUCACGCAAGACGAGUGCGGCGGCAGCAAAAGGCUAAACAGGCGAGAUUGCAGCGUCAUUACGCAAGAAUGAACAUGUCAACGACCGAAACACCAGACCACCUUAGAAAUCACACGGCGGCUGGGGAUGAAGAUAUUGAAAACGAUACAAGCAGAACUGAAGAUAGCGAGAAUGAUGGUGAUGAGGAAUACGAGAGUAGCGAAUACGAAGAUGAAAGUGAAGAUUCUAAAACCAGCAAGUCCAGCGAUGAUAGUCAUCACAGUGGGACAUCUGAAGUUUCUGAUGAAGAUGAAGCAGAAGAUAGUGAAACCAUAAGUAAUCCUGACUAUGGAAAUGAUGACUAUGAAGAUUAUGAUGAAAGUGACGAAGAUUAUGAAGAUGAGAGCAGUGAGGAGUCAAAGAAGAAGAAAAAGAAGAUCAAGUCAUCGGGCAAAGGUGUUGGUAAACGAAUGCAAACAGUCACUAACAAUAAAUAUAGUGAGAGGAAGAAGCAUCAGAGGGCGGAUAUAAAUGCAAACCCUUUAAAAGGAGCAAACCUGGGAUUUCCACAUAAAGAUGAUAAAAAAUCUACAAUGUUUUGGACCCCAAUAAUCCUUCCUCCCGACCCAACCACCAUUCCUACCCUCAGCCCAUUAGCGGAGAGUGUCCUUGCGAUGAUCAGGCAGGAGAGCUCAACUGUAGGAGGAAGCAGAUGGCAUCAGAGCAGCAGACUAGGAGGAAACAGACAGCAAGGGUCUCACAGCCGAGCUACAGGCUCGGAUUCAUUGCAUGACACUCAUUGGAACCCAAUAAAUGUCCCAAGAACCAGAAGGGAUGAUGUUUAUGAAGUCUCUGACGAUUGGGAUCAUCAAAGUUCAGUUGGGAUGAAUUCUAUACCAAAUAUCACUCGACAACUUGCAAAAAACUAUGAUAACUCAAUUUCCAUCAGUGAUAUCCCAACAUUCUCAAUGGCUUCCUUGCCUAAUACAAGACUCAAUUCAGGUGGUCACCAUGCGACCUACACUAAGUUUCAAGAAGAUAAUAUUUCUUCACAAUCCUACCCUCACAUUCAAUCACGCCAAAGUAAACAGAUAAUACCCCACAAUAAUCCAUAUGAACCUUUUGAUGUAAUCAGGAAUAACAUUAAAAGUACAUUAAACAAUAGAGAUCAAACUUUUAAUUUAAGUCCUGACAUGGAGUUUGAUGAUUUGAAAAUUUACUCUUGUCCGUUUGACAAACAAGAUGAAUGCCCUCCAAUCAAGGUAUUUGACCAAAAACCAGAUCUCAAUAUGUCUUUGACAGUGAAAAACAGGAUAAAUUUCAAAGAAAUCAAACCAAGACCUUUGCAAAAGCGCGGAGUACAAAUUGAUUCCUCUCUAACAUCGGGAAAGCAAGCAAAAAGGGUUGCACCAAACCAAUUAGGACUGCUUGACCAGACUUUUGAUUUUACCAGUGUAAAUAAUGUUCCAAAAUUUAAAACAAAACUGGCAACCUUUAAAAAUAUUCCUUUAGCAAAACCAAACUCAGAUAUGGCUGUUGAUAAAAAUAAAAACUAUAAUCAAGGCAUUUGUCAAGGUGAUUUAUUAAAUAUGAAUAAUUGUAGGAAAGUAAACUUAUAUCAAAACAAUAUUGAAGAUCAUGGUUCCAAUAAUCAAAAUAGAUUCAGUGGUGAACAAAAAAUGUUUGAUGUUAAUGAUGUUUUCAAUGAGAGCUUAGACAACAACUAUACUAUGGAAGAAGAUAAUAUGCGAGCAAAAUUGCCAAAUGUUGAAAAUGAUUUGAGGACAGAAAUACCAGCAUCAUAUGUGGAAAAGAAUCAUGCAACACAUAUGUCCAAAACCUUUAAAGAAAAUUUCUUGAUGGAUCAUCAAAAUCAAGAGGCUGAAGUUUGGACAAAACGUGAUGCAUUAAAAUUGUCCAGGUUUGCAAUUAGCAGUUCAGAUUAUGAUCAGCAAAAACUGUCAAUAAAUAGUUUAGAGAGAACACAUCAAGAAAACUAUAUUCAACACAGGUGCAACUCAUUCCAAAAAAGAGUAACUGACGCAACCAAGCCGAAGCAAACGGCAGAGUUAAAUUCAUUUCAUCCUCUACAAAGCUUUGAAAACAACGUAUGUACAAAGCCAUCCUAUAAAAAACAAUUAGAUUUUUCACAGGAUAUUUUUGCAAAAACACAAGAAAGCUUGGAUCAUUCCCAAAACAAUAUAAAUGACAUUGAAGCAAAUCAGUCAGAAGAAUUAAGUCUUCCGCCUUAUCAAAAGCCGGUUGAAAAUACAAAUGAAAUUGAAACAAAUCAGCCAGAAGAAUUAAGUCUUCCACCUUAUCAAAAACCGGUUGGUAAUAAUGUUUCACCUACUUUUGAUGUUGAUGAUUUAUUUUCAUUGGAUGAUAAAACUCUUGACCAUUCUUCAAUUAUGUUUGAGAAGAAUUUUGAAAACACAAACAAAUCAGCAAUUAGCAAUCAAGUUAAGUGUUUGCCUUUUAAUGAACAAACUGGAAUUACAAACAUACUUGCAUCGACAAAUAAACCUGCAGAAGAAUUUAAGCUAAAUAGUAAUUUAGACCCUCAUCCUAUAUCGAAGAUACAAAAUAUUGAUCCAAUCUCAUUAAAUAAUGAAGACACUAAUUUAUGUUCUCCAGUCCUCAAGUCUCAAUACUUUGAAAACUAUAAUGGAAAUUCCAGUACAAACAAUCAACAAGUCUCUUUUGAGACCAAAAACAUGAAACGAAACAAUAAACUACCUGAUAAAGAACGAGUUAAUAAAGAGAAUGAUAAAAAAAUUACCAUGCAAACUAACAUAAAAAAUGGAAGUAAACUAGCAGUGGACAUGGGCAAAAGAAAUGUUACAGCAAAACCUCUAAAGCAAAGAACCCUUUUUGAGUGCCGAAAAAUCCCACCAGAAACAAACAGUUUAGAUUCUGUCGCAAGGAAUGGCAACGAAACACAUGUGAAUACCUCUUUAAAGGGAGAUCAAUUCAAGAAACCUUUAGCACCAGUAAGAAUGGGUAAAACUAGCUCAAAACUAAAUAGUGUGAAGAAUAAGGUAUCGCUAAAUAAAAAUUUAGAUAAUAUUUCCAAAAAUGACAGCACCGGAAAUGGGUUUUUGCAAGGUAACACAUCUCUAGAAGAGAUCAAACAGAAGUGUGAUCCGUCCAAAUUGGUACAAACAAGUUUAAUCAAGAAUGAACCUGUCAAAAGAAAUGCUAAAGAUACCUCAGCAAAGAAAAGUAAAAAGCCUUGUUUUGUACCACCAAUAUCCGCAUCUCAUUUGACUUCUAAGGAUGUGCCGUUGAAUCACCACACAAUAAAUGUUCUUGACGACGUCAAUGCUAAUCAAGUUCUCCAGAAACUUAACACUGAAAAGAUUAACAACAUAGUCACCACUGUGACAUUCAGGGAAGGGUACACAUUGCUCAAUAAACCUGAAGAACAGAAGAAGAACUCUAGAUGUUUUCCGUCAGGCGUGAUGCACAUGCUUGCCUGGGAGUCAGGACGGCAGGGUUAUUAUUGGCUUCCACUGUCAGAUCCUGCGGCGAUCACUCCUGCGGUGGUCAAGCUAGUGGAUACUUUAAUGAGCAAGAGUGAGCGAAACAUUUGUUUUGAGGCCCAAGCUGUCUACAUGCUUCUGAUGGACAUGCUCAAGUUGAAGGAAAUACACAAUUGGGACGCAUAUGAUCCAUUAAUCGCAAGCUGGCUAUUGGAUCCUGACAAUCCUCCAAAAGACUUUAAAGAGAUAUCAGACAAGUUGAACAUGGACAAGAACCUGCUUGUUGUCAACCCACAAGCAAACACAAAGGAUCAAGCUUGUGAUCUCCUCCCUGUUUUGGACGUUGCGAUGAACAUUUUGCAAAAUCGGCUUGUGAACACUUCUUUAUGGACGGUUUUCACUGACAUGGAAACGAAAUUGAUUCCAAUAUUAGCAAUGAUGGAAAGUUCAUCAAUUCUAGUUGAUAUGAAAAAGCUUCACCGAACAGCAGAGGCGAUGGAUAAAAAGCUGCGUAAAUUGCAGAGUGAAGCGCAUAAACUGGCCGACAGAUGGUUCCAACUAAACUCCCCUCAGCAACUGAGAGAGAUUCUCUUUGACAAAUUAAAGUUGGACGAAAAAUUCAAUUUGAAGGUGAAAAAAACAGAGCACGGAGAAAAAUCUACUUCAGAAACUGUAUUGGAACAAAUGAAAGAGUUGCAUCCGCUACCAAAGAUUAUAUUAGAGUAUAGAAGGCUGCAGAAAUUGAAAUCAACUUAUGUGGAAGGCUUGCUGCAGCAUGUCAAGAGUGACGGAACUAUUGGGACAAGUUGGGAGCAAGUGUCUGCUUCCACAGGGAGGAUUACAAGCAAGAACCCAAACCUUCAGGCGUUUCCCAAGUGUCCCAUUGAUGUUCAAGACGGUGAGACAGUCAACCUGAGAGAGAUGUUCAUAGCAAGAGAGGGAUGUUCGUUUCUCGCCGCAGACUUUCAACAGAUAGAGUUCCGAGUGUUCGCACAUUUCACACAAGAUCGCUCACUACUGCAGGCAUUCAGUGAAGGAGGAGACAUAUUCCAGAGAUUGGCGGAACGGUGGCUGGGUGGCAAGGGAGAAGAAGAACGGGAAAAAACCAAGAGGAUUGUUUACUCUGUAAUGUACGGAGCUGGCGCCAAUAAACUCUCGGAAUAUCUGCAUGUUGAACCGGCAGAAGCAUAUAAAAUCAUUGACAACUUUGUUGCCAUCUUCCCAAGUCUGCGCAGUCUGCCGCGGACAGUAAUUGCCAAGUGUCGUACGCAAGGGUUUGUGUCAGCACUCUCCGGCCGUAGAAGGCUAUUCCCCAACAUCCGUUCGACCAAUGGAAAGCUUCGAUCAUACUCUGAGCGACAAGCGAUGAACUUCCUCAUACAAGGGUCAGCAGCGGACAUUUGCAAAGCAGCCAUGUUGGAUUGUGAGGCUGAGAUUCGAUCACGAGGACUCCGAGCAAAGCUGCUUUUGAUGAUUCAUGAUGAGCUCAUCUGGGAAGUGGACGAUAGAGACUUACAAGAAACUUCUAAAACAGUCAAGUUGGCUAUGGAGCACCGCUGGAAUGAGCGUCUCACACUCCUAGUUCCAAUACCAGUUUGUGUCUCUACAGGAAAGACACUAGCAAACAUGCAGUGACAAGUUAAUCUUUGCAAUUCUCGGUUUAUUUUAUUAUCUGUGGAGAAUUCUCAGUCACAGAACUAUUACUUUAGAAUGAUAAGGAGUUGUUUUUUUAUGAUGUGUUAGUAAAGUAUUUGUUGUUUGGUUUUAAGUUUCAAAAGUACACUUAAGAAACAUUGUUAGGUUAGGUUAAGUUGUGGUUCAAUGUUUGCUGAAUUAUUUUGAGAGUGAUAACAUGUAAUAUAUUUUUUUCAACGUAGAAAAACUUGUAUGUACUUAAAUUGUAUAAGCAUUUAAAAAACAGUUUUAAAUAUUACCAACACCAAUAAGUCAAACGUAUUUCAUCCCAUUACUUUUAAAUCUUGAAACAGGUUGUUGGGACUUUUAUAACACACUUUUUUUAGUAUCGUGUAAAGAAGUUUUUUAUUUAGUAUAAAUAUUUAAAAUUCAAACAGAAAGAUUUAAUAGCCUUAUGAUGUGUGACAAAAUGAUUAAAACUUGUGUUUAAAGUGAGCUGUAAUGUUUGUACAAAU